GUUUGGUGAAAAGCAAAAAUGGAUGAUGUACAACCUGUCCGGUAAUCUGGAUGUGCUCCCGCGCAUCACAGAUCUGUCUCAGAUUGGAGAUGGUGGUGAAAUCGUUGUGGUGCGAAUGCCCACCCGUGUAAGAGAGCUCAAUCAGAACGCACAUCGUCUGAUGGUCAAGAGUUAUACAGAGAAGCGCGGAUGCAAUUUCUGCAACCAGCAAUUGUUCGGUAUCAAUCGACAAGGCUUGCAUUGUACAGCCUGCAAUUUGGAUUAUCACAAGAAGUGUGUAUAUAGCAAGGCGAAUAAAUGUGAGCAUGCCAAUGCGGCCGUAAUCUUCAAAGUGCCGCAUCGAUUUGUACAGCACGAGUUCGAUGUGGGGGUGAAGUGCACCUACUGCAGGCUACAGUUCCUGGCAGGCCAGACCCAGGGGUCCAAGUGCGAGGACUGCUACUACAACUGCCACACGCCGUGCAUUCUUUACGCACCAUCGUGUAUCGACGGAGCACAGUUUGUCGACGAAAGGGCCGACAUUUCAGGCGGUGACAUACAGAUGCGGCAGGCAUCGAAUAUGAUUCCCCUCCACCGUGUUCUUACCAGUAAGGUCAGCACAGUGGGCACGGGCGCGCUUCCUCCUGGCGCCAACUAUACCUCUGACCGCAGUAUCUCGAUCAUGGGCCAUGUGUUUGUGCCAGGCGUGUUCAACGGACCGACGUUCUGCAACAAGUGUGGCUCGCAGGUGGAGGGCGGGGCUAGCAAUGCGCUCGAGUGCAACAAGUGCUACUGCGUGGCGCACAGUGAAUGCAUGGCGAGCUAUCAUUGCGUGGUCGAUGCCUCAGACGCUACCCUGGCGUCGGGUGUAGUACGUAUGGGCGAGAAAGACUCGGAUCACAUGGUCGAGAGAUGUUUGCGCAUCAUGAACUUCCGCUUGCAAUUCUACCUGGACGAGAAUGCGCCCAAACCUAUGGCAGAAAUUAAGAUGAAGAACAUACAAGGCUUGGCGACGAUUAAGAUGGACAAUGCACGCGCCAUGCUGCUGAGUGUAGACGGCAAGUUGUACCAGCUGGAAGCUAGCAGCGCAGAGAUUAUCGGGCGACUGGUUAGCGCCAUCAACACGACUAUUCGAUAUGUUUCACUCAACAGCGACGCAUUCGACCACACACGCAUGGCCGAUAAUCUACCGGGCUCUGGGGCCCAACCACCCGCGCAGGUGUCGGCGGAGUCUCGAGAUUCCAUGGGCAACAACCGGCGCUUGGAGGACGAUUACAUUUACGACCUCAACACGCCGUUGGGUAGUGGACAGUUUGGAAUGGUGGUGGCUGCACAGGACGCUAAAAAUCCCUCCAGGCAUAUGGCCAUAAAGAUCAUUCAGUGGAAGAAGAUUGUCGAUGCCGAUCAUUCUAAGACGGCCAAUUUGAAGAGUGAAAUGGCGCUUCUGAAGGCGCUCAAGAAUCCUAACAUCAUCUCAUUGGAGAGGAUUUAUCACACACCAGAGGUGCUCUACCUCGUGAUGGAGCGAGCGUUUGGAGGGGAUCUUCUGGACCGCAUUCUGAGCCAACCCAACCAGAGCCUCAGCGAACCCGUUGCCAAAUACUACAUCUACCAGAUACUCACAGCCCUCAAGUUCUUGCACGACAACAAAGUGGCGCACAGAGAUCUCAAACCCGAGAAUGUGCUGCUGUCUACCAAUGACACGCACACUCUGGUCAAGCUGUGCGACUUUGGGUUUGCUAGGAUUGUGGGUGAGAACUCGUUCAUGCAGUCUGUGGUAGGUACGCCUGCGUAUGUGGCGCCAGAGGUUAUUAGACAGUCCUCGGGUAGCGCUGCUACGGGAUAUCAGGUCAAAGUGGAUUUGUGGUCGCUGGGGGUUAUAGUCUACGUUGCUCUCAGCGGUACGUUCCCAUACAAUGAAGAGCAAGAGGUUGCACAGCAGAUUUUCACCGCCAACUUUUUAUUCCCGGACGAGAAAUGGGCAAAUAUAUCAAAUGAAGCCAAGCAUCUGAUACACAACACGCUGAAGGUGGAUUACAACGAACGAUAUUCGACGGAACAGGCAUUGAAUUCCAGUUGGUUCCGAUCGGACAAAAGGCUGCGAAUGCAACUGGAGCAGCUUGAGGAGGCCUUCCGCACCGGUCCCAACCACUAUCAACUGGACAAGUACAUCCCUGCGUAGUGCGUAAACAGACACUGCUUGUUGUGUAGCUAUAUGUCGUUAGAAUAGUCAGAAUCGGGUAAGCAUUGUUUGAGAGCGUACGGUACUCAGCUUUGUCCAUUCAGUGCUGCCCACUGAUCAAAUAAAUUAUUUAGAAGUUUCCA